AAGUCUAGCAGGAGUGUGGAGUAGUAAAAUUGGUUCUGUCAGCUACCUAAACUUGUCGUGACUCGUAAUACAGUCAUGGAUUAGAAGAGAGAGACACGACUUUUGUGUCUAUAACCAGACGUGGCGAAACAGGGACAGGCAGUGGCAAGGUCACUGGCUCCACUGCCGAGCUGUGCCGAGCUCACGUCCUGCACGCUGAGCUCUGAGCUCGUCUGAGCUCCCGAGUUUGGCUCUGAGCUCAUCUGGGCUCGUCCAAGCUUUUAUCUUCUCUGCCAGGACCAGGACCGCUGGACAAGAUGAACGGCUCCGCUCAGCACGGAGGGCACGGCUCUGGUGAUGACGAGCGCGCGUGGACCGUGGGCGUCAUCAACUCCCGGGCAAAGUACCUCACCGCUGAGACCUUCGGAUACAAGAUCAAUGCCAACGGCACCUCUCUGAAGAAGAAGCAGCUGUGGACGCUGGCGCCGGCCGGUCAGAAGGACCACGUCUGCCUGCGCUCCCACCUGGGCAAGUACCUGGCCGUCGACUCCUUCGGCAACGUCACCUGCGAGUCGGACGAGCUGGAGGCGGGCGGCAUGUUCGAGAUCGCCGUGGCCGACGACGGCAGCGGUCGGUGGGCGUUCCGCAACGUCGAGCGCAAGUACUUCCUGGGAGCGGCCGGAGAUAAGCUGCUGUGCAACGCCAAAACGCCGAGCGACGGCGAGCUGUGGUACAUCCACCUGGCGGCGCGACCUCAGGUCAACCUGUACAGCGUCGGCCGGAAGCGGUUCGCGCACCUCUCCGAGGAACAAGACGAGAUUCACGUGGACGCCAACAUCCCCUGGGGCGAGGACACACUCUUCACCCUCGAGUUCCGUGACAACCACUACGCGCUACACACGUGUAACAACCUCUACCUACAGCGCGAGGGGCACCUGCAGGUGGCGUGCUCCGAGGACUGUCUGUUUGCCAUCGAGUACCACAACGGCCAGCUGGCGCUCAGGGACAGGGCCGGGCGGUACCUGUCGCCCAUAGGAUCCAAGGCGGUGCUCAAAACGCGUGGCCAGGCUGUGACAAAGGACGAGCUCUUUUCGCUGGAGAACUCUCUGCCUCAGGCGUGCUUCUCGGCGGCGCUCAACGACCGAUACGUCAGUGUCAAACAGGGUGUGGACCUCACCGCUAACCAGGCCGAGGUGAGCGACCACGAGCGGUUCCUGAUGGAGUUUGACCCGACCACCCACCGCUGGUACAUCCGUACCAUGCAGGACAAGUACUGGACCCUGGAGACCUCCGGAGGCAUCCAGGCGGCCUCCGGCAAAAACUCGAACCACCGGAAGGGUCCUCACAGAGAGAGGAUAGACCGUGCGCCGCUGAACGGGGAGGUCUGGUGGCGCGCUCAGCCCUGUAAACAGAACCACCUCUCUCAGACGUCCAACAGCCUGUUCGACAUGCUCUGGCACAGCGACGGCAGCGUCUCGUUCCGCGCCAACAACGGCAAGUGUCUGGCGGCCAAGAAGUCGGGCCACCUGUUCGCCAACUCGGAGGAGAAUGAGGAGGCGGCCAGGUUCUACUUCUACCUCAUCAACAGGCCGAUUCUGGUGCUCAAGUCGGAGCAGGGCUUCGUAGGCUACAAGACGGGCAGCACUAAGCUGGAGUGCAACAAGGCCACCUACGAGACCAUCCAUGUGGAGCGUGGAGAUCGCGGAAAGGUGUUCUUCAAAGCUCAGAGCGGCCUGUACUGGUCACCUGAGGACGGCAUUUCGGCCUCGAGUCGCGAGCCGUACCCCUUCUACAUGGAAUUGCGCGAGCCCACACGCAUGUGCAUCAAGGACGCGCACGGAUCCUACCUGUGCGCCCAGAAGAACGGCUCCUUCCGGCUGGAUACCACCGACGUGGAGCGCGCCACCUAUUGGGAGUUCUAGGCGACACAAGCGCCGCCUAUAUUAUUUUCUAUUGGACGUAUGCGCCACCUACUGUGUGUUUUAGGCGGCGCGUUUGAAAGCAGAGCGAGCCACGAUGCAGUGGCUCUGUGGACUGAUUUGGUGCCAACUGUGGGGCGGAGUGGUUCGGAAGCCGGCGAACGAGGAUGUGAGGGACCCUAAGUGAGUCCUAAGUGAGGAAGACUGGUGACUGGUGAUGUCACGCUGUAUGACGGGAUGUGGGUGUGACGUGACGCAACGGGGUGAUGCGUGACGCUGACAAGUGGAUAAUGUCACAAUAUCGCUACGGUGUGCAAUGUGCAUUCCCGUCGACAUUUUAUGAUCAAAGUGCGGCCUGGGUGGCGCUGGAAUGACUGAGUCGAUCUGAUGUGAGGAUCUGUGUGUGCUACUGAAUACUUUCUCGAGUGAGUGCGGGGCGCCGCCUCCCGACUACCCUCGAUCCCAGCUGCUUUUGUACGCCCGUUAUCAGCAUAAUACUGAGCGAGCGCUCCGCUUCUUACGCUGGGCUGUUGUUUUGAUACUUUGUGUACAUGUACAGACGUAGGCGUUUGUCUAGCACGCAGCAUUUAGCGUUUGAAACCAAAGUGGGCGCUGCGAUUAAGUUAUGCUUCCCUGCGCGGCUGUUCGCGCGGAACUGCUUGUACACAUUCAGAGCUGACGCGUGAGGCCGAGCGUCCAUUGCGAAUGGCAGUCGUCUUUUGUUGACCGGCGUGGUCGAAUGGUCAUUUUGCCGCAGUUGCAAUCGUCGCUAUGCUGUAAUCAGUGCGCGUUACACCAAUACACAGCUAAUGGUCA